UUAUUUGAACUAACUCUCUUUUCGUCUCUCACUCUCUCUCGUUCACAGGAAGAGAACACUGUUUUUUUUUAUCUGAUUAAAGCGCUGCUCUGCACUUUUUAUUAUCCAUUGAAUAGCAACACAAGGGUGCUGGUGUUGCUUUUCUCGCCUUUUGCCUUUUUGGUUUCAUAUUUGCUCCUUAAUGGCUUCCUCCUUGAACUUGAAGAGUGUUGUUGUCUGUGUUCCUGAGAACAUGAUUUACUCAAAAGGCAAGCCUUGUCCAUCUUCAAUGAGACUAACUGGUAAAGCAAGAUCAAGGGCGUUGAGUGCUAAAUUCAUGGGGCAACCCAUCAUCACUAACACAACAAAACUCCAAGAUGAAACGGGUUUAUGCAGUUCCAAAACCUCAAUUCAUGCAGAAGCAAGUAUAUGCAUUAGCAGAUCGAUGCAGUGGUGGAAGAAGAACCUGAAGCCCAACAUGAUUGAGAUCCAUUCAGCACAAGAGCUUCUCAAUUCUCUGCUCAGCGCUGGUGAUGCUUUGGUUGUUGUUGACUUCUAUUCACCUGCUUGUGGUGGCUGCAGAGCCCUUCAUCCCAAGAUCUGUCAAAUUGCUGAAAUGCACCCGAAUGCAAUAUUCCUGAAAGUAAAUUACGACAAGCUGAAAACCAUGUGCCAGGCUCUGCAAAUUCAUGUCUUGCCAUUCUUUAGGUUCUACAGAGGUGCAGAGGGUCAAGUUUGUGGAUUCAGCUGCACCAAUGCAACUAUCAACAAGUUUAAGCGUGCGUUGUCAAAGCAUGGGAAUGAAAGAUGUAGUCUAAGGCCACCUAAGGGUUUAGAUGAGUUAGAGCUGACCAAUUUGGUCUCAAGUUCUCAGAUUUGGUUUUAGUUUAGCCAUAGCACCAAGCUGGGUUUUGCAUCAAUAAUUAGAAAAUGAAGGGUUUGGAUGGGAGGCUUGUAAUUUUUUAGUUAAAAUUGAGCUCCCUCUUUUAGGCGAUAGCAGUUCUUUUUUAUUCCUCAAGUUCAGUUUAGAGGACAAAAAGGCAACAGGGAUCGGAGUGGAUCUCACUUCUGUCAAUUAAUAACAAUUAUAUUGAAGAUAAUCUUGAGCUCUUAUUCCGUUUAGCUACAUUUUUAGUUUAAUUAGUUUCUGUCAAUUAUGUGAUCCAUAUGUACAUAAGCAUAAUAUAUAAAU